AAUUGAUAUUAUUAUAUAGUAAGUAUCUUGUGUUUCAUUUAGAAACAAAAUUCAAUAACUAAAACUCUUAAACAGGAUUUAUUGAAACAAUGGCAUCUUCGUUCAAUAAAAUAAUUCUUAUUGUUGGUUUCAUAUCCUUAUUUCAUUCUGCCUUUUCUGCUGCUCAACAUCGAUCAUACCUUCGUAUCACAUCUCAGGAGUUUACGACGCUGCCAUUGGAUAUUGUGGUCCAAGCAGUAGUCAGUCUAUUCGCCAUUAUGUGGGGAGUACUUAACAUAGCAGGAAACCUCCGCGAGAUACGUGCUGCGGCAGAACUCAACCAGAUCCAAUGGGAGACACAGCGGAACCUUCCCUCCUUCUAUAUAUUCAGUCAUCGUGGGAAAUUCUUAUCUGCACCAGAUCCUAUUGAUGAUACAAAAUUUGUUAAGCAAUAAGAAUAAUUGUAAAAGUUGCAACCUCCAUAGAAGUGUUUCGGGGUCCGCAUUGAUUCUGGGCCUUAAUUAUUAACCAAUUAGGUAUCUUUAAUUAUAUGAAGUAAAUAAAAGAUGAUGAAUGAGAAUUGAUUUUGAAAAUUUAAAUUGAUUUAUAUUUUUAAUUGGUUUGUUUUGUCAACCCUGGUGGAGAGUACUAAGUUUUAAUAAGCAACUAAUUUAUUUACGAAAUGUAUUAAAAU